AUUAUUUUUAAUAUCAAUUAUAGAAUCGUGUAAAUUGAGUGUAAUGAGAGUUUUAUUUUAAUACGUAAUUUGUUGUAUCCAUGCAGACGCGCAGCUGCGCAGCAAAUGCUUCCAGAAAUAUGGAUUUGUUGCAUGAAUGCAGUAAUUCUUCGAUAGAGGAAAUCGACUAUGAAGAUUCACAGAAUUACAAUACUGAGAUUAUUCACUUUAAAUUUAGCGGUGAUUUGGAAGUCAUCCGCGGGAACCGCCUAAAUCAUGGUAAUCCCAACCACAGGAUAUUCCAAGCCAUGGGAAGAUUGGAUGGCAGGCUGUAUAUCAUACACGAAUACAGACUAGAUGCGAAAGAAAACGUCUUAAAAAUCGAGCUUCAAUUCAAACAAUUGUUGAAUGCGAAACACCAAAAUUUGGUCCACUACCUUAACAUGCGUCAUCAGAUCAACGGAGACGUGUGCGUGCUGCAGAUUCUGCAGGAAUUCGUCAAUGGAAUUAGUUUCAGCGAAAUGUACAAGAACAUGUCUCCAAGGAACAGGUUCCUGAGGGAUAUAGCUGAAGAACUGCUCGACGUCUUAGAUUACUUGCACAAGAACAAAAUAAUCCACGGAAGUCUUUCAGAAAAUUGCGUUUUCUACGAUAAUCACGGAGACGUGAAGGUCUCCAAUUACAGUUUGAAUGCGAAACUGAAUGAUGUGCAAUGCAGCGAACAAGACGAUAUAAGGAUGAUGGGGAUGUUCUUGAUGUCCGUUUACGAAGGCAGGAAGUGCUCGAAACCACCGGAAACGGUGAAAACGGAAAUCGCACAUCUGAACAACUUUCUUGAAGCGUGCUUCAAUCCGAAGACUAAAUCGUGCAGAGCGUUGAUGAGGCAUGAGCUGUUUAAAACAACCACGAAACUGGGUUCUUCGCGGUUGCAGAGCGACUUCCAUUGCAUGGAGAAAAUUGGUAGCGGCGCGUAUGGUAAAGUAAUCAAAGCGAAGAAUAUAUCUGACAAUUUGGAAUAUGCUAUAAAGAAGAUAAAAGUGACAAGCAGAGAUUACGAGACAAACGCAGAUAUUAUUAAGGAGGUGCAUUGCAUUUCUAAAUUAACUCAUAAGUACGUAGUGAGGUAUUAUAGUUCUUGGACAGAGUAUACAAGCGAAGAAUCUGACGAAGAAUCUCCAUUUGAAGGAGAUGAUGACGACUCUGAAGAAGACGACUCCAAUGAUAAAGAUUUAGCGGAAUAUUCGAGACGGCAGUAUCUUUAUAUACAAAUGGAGUUUUGCGAAAAAAAAACUUUGUCUGAGGCAAUUCAAGACGGAUUGGAAAGUGACCCGAGAACAAUGUGGAGGUUUUUCAAGGAAAUCGCAAUGGGUUUAAGUUUCAUUCAUAGCAAAAGGCUGAUACACAGGGAUAUGAAGCCAAACAACGUAUUAAUAUGUAAAAACAACAAAAUCAAAAUCGGCGACUUUGGUCUGGCCAAGAGCUUAUACAUGAACAAAUCUCGCCCCGGGAACACCGGAAAGACACUUGAUAUUAACAAAUUCUCUAGCUGCGUAGGUACCCCACCAUAUUCAGCACCGGAAAUGUCCAGUGGAAUUUACGAUUUUAAAGUGGACAUCUACAGUUUAGGUGUAAUAUUCUUGGAAAUGAAUUACAACUGCACAAAGACUGAACUAUACGAGGUUCUGAACAAUAUCAAUCAUUCGCAAACAUUCCCCGAGGCGAUGACUAGCAAUCUGGAGAAAGAGUUUAUCAUAAAUAUGUUAAGCAAAGAUACCAGCAACAGACCAACCUCGGAAAAAUUGGUACCAGAUAUACUAGAUGUUAUAAAGGGGAUGAAACAGCAAUUUAAGGGAAGGCGACAACAAAAAAAGUAAUUUUAUAAAUAUGGAUCAUAAUUGAAAAAAAAAUCAUCCAUAAUAUUU